AUGCAGUACCUGAGAGCGCAGUCUCACCAGUACCUGAGAGCGCAGACGCACUGGCACCUAGAGCAGCAGCCUCACAAGCACCUAGCGCAGCAGUACCAAUGCCCGGGUGCAGGGACCAGUACCCCCGCCCCUCUGACGCCCAGCGUACCACUCACGAAGCUGCUGAGGCGAAGGGAUUUCCCGCGAGCGCUGCUGCUGCUGCCGGUGCGAGCGCUGGCCACCACCACCGCCGCUACGCUGCUGGGUACCACCCCGACCAGCUCCACCUCCUCCACCACCACUGCCUCCUCCGUUGCCGCCUCCACUGCCUCCACCUCCGCCGCCUCCACCUCCGCCGCUGCCUCCACCACCACCGCUGGCACCACCACCACCGUCUCCGCCGCUGCUGCCACCACCACCACCACCACCCCCGCCACUAGUCCCGCCGCCACCCCCACUCCCUCCGCCGCCACCGCUGCCACCGCCACCGCCCCCUCCAGCUCCACCCGCGCCCUUGCCCCCCUUGCCCUUGCUGGAGCGACGUCUCCCACUAGGGGCAGACGCCGCGCCGACCGACUAAAGACCAAGCAGGUCGGCAGCAGCAGCAGAGGCAACAGAGGGCAGCAAGGGGGAAGGAGAGCACCCCUCAAAGAUGGGGGUGCGAGGGUCACCACGAGAAGCACCUACAGCGACUAUGCUCUUCUCCGCUGCAAGGAGGGCCUUCUCGAGGAGGUCGACGAAAGGCGGCUCAGUGACCUGGCGGCUCGGGUGCAGGGCGGCUCGGCUGCUGGGCGGCUCGGGCGCAGGGCGGCUCGGCUCCCGGGCGGCUCGGCGGCUGGGCGGCUCGUCGUCGGGCGGCUCGGCUCACGGGCGGUUCGGCUGCUGGGGCGGCUCGGCCAGGAGAUCCAGGGUCGGGGCCGUCAGGUGCAGCGGCGGGUUGACCGGUGCAGUGGCGGGCCGGCAGGUGCAGCGGCGGGCCGGCAGGUGCAGCGGCGGGCCGGCAGGUGCAGUGGCGGGCCGGCAGGUGCAGUGGCGGGCCGGCAGGUGCAGGCGGCGGGUCGUAGGGUGCAGUGGCGGGCCGGCAGGUGCAGUGGCGAGGCCGUCAGAGGCGGCGGGCCGGCAGGUGCAGCGGCGAGGCCGUCAGAGGCGGCGGGCCGCUGGGUGCAGCGGCGGGCCGGCAGGUGCAGCGGCGGGCCGGCAGGGGAGGCGGCGGAGCCGAGUCAGGGGAGGCGGCAGGGCCGCGUCAGGGGAGGCGGCGGAGCCACGUCAGGGGAGGUGGCGGUGCCGCGUGAAGGGAGGCGGCGGAGCCGCGUCAGGGGAGGCGGCGGGGCCGCGUCAGGGAAGGCGGCGGGGCCGCGUCAAACAGGCGGCGGGGCCGCGUCAGGGGAGGCGGCGGAGCCGUGUCAGGGAGGCGGCGGGGCCGCGUCAGGGGAGGCGGCGGGGCCGCGUCAGGGGAGGCGGCGGGGCCGCGUCAAACAGGCGGCGGGGCCGCGUCAAACAGGCGGCGGGGCCGCGUCAGGGGAGGCGGCGGAGCCGCGUCAGGGGAGGCGGCGGGGCCGCGUCAGGGGAGGCGGCGGGGCCGCGUCAAACAGGCGGCGGGGCCGCGAUCAGGAGAGGUGGCGGGGCCGCGUCUGA